AUGACGGUCCCAGUGCCCAACAGCACGGCGGUGCCGUGGGCUGGUGUGGCAGCACGGCCGGAGCCAGAUCUGGAGCGGUCACCCUGCCUGGUGGGCAUUGUCCCCAUUGUGUACUACAGUGUCCUGCUGGGGCUGGGGCUACCAGUGAACAUCCUGAGCGCUGUGGCCCUGUCCCGCCUGGCCACCAGGACCAAGAAGUCAUCGUACUGGUACCUGCUGGCCCUGACCACCUCCGACAUCCUCAUCCAGGUCUUCAUCAUCUUCAUGGGCUUCAUCCUGCAGACGGUCAUCCUGGCCCGGGCGGUGCCCAGCGCCUUCAUCCACACUGUCAAUGUGCUGGAGUUCACAGCCAGCCACGCCUCCACCUGGGUCACCGUGCUGCUCACCGUGGACCGCUACGUGGCCCUGUGCCACCCGCUGCGCUACCGCGCCGUGUCGUACCCGCAGCGCACGCGCAGGAUCAUCGCGGCCGUGUUCGCCGCCGCCCUGGCCACCGGCAUCCCCUUCUACUGGUGGCUGGACGUGUGGCGCGACGCCGACCCGCCCACGGCGCUGGACACGGCGCUCAAGUGGCUCCACUGCGUCACCAUCUACUUCCUGCCCUGCAGCAUCUUACUGGCCACCAACUCCAUCAUCAUCCUCAAGCUGAAGCGGUGGCGGCGCGCGGGGGGCGGCAAGACCACGGCGCUGCUCCUGGCCGUCACCACCGCCUUCGUGGUGCUCUGGGCCCCCCGCGCCGUCGUCAUGAUGUGCCACCUGUACGUGGCCUCGGUGAGGAGGGACUGGCGCAUGCACCUGGCCUUGGACAUCGCCAACAUGGUGGCCAUGCUCAACACCUCCCUCAACUUCUUCCUCUACUGCUUCGUCAGCCAGACCUUCAGGCGCACGGUGGGCGAGGUGCUGCGGGGGCACCCCCGGCAUGGCCCUCCCCGCCGGGGCAGUGGCCACUUCCCACCCCCGGCCCUCAAACCGCUGGAGCUGUUGGCCGGCACCACGCUCUGA